GGAGCAGAGCGGGAGCGGGCGGCGGAAGAUGCUGUGCCUCCCGAUAGCCUUCCAGAUGUUGCUCUUGCUGGUGCUGUGCAGCCAGGGCACAGAGAGGUGCCCUUCAGCCUUCUGCGAGUGCUCCGACUGGGAGGACUACAAAAUCACUUGCAGGGACAUCCACUUUAUUCCCAGCCUUCCGGAGGACACCCAGACCCUGAGGUUUAUGGAGACUCACCUAAGAACAAUUCCAAGUGAUGCUUUUUCCAAUCUCCCCAACAUCUCUAGGAUCUACAUCUCUAUAGAUGAAACACUUCAGAGUCUGGAGGCCCAUUCCUUCAACAGUUUAAGCAAAGUCACUCACAUUGAAAUUCGAAAUCUUAGAAACUUGGAUUACAUAGAUCCAGAUGCAUUUAAGAACCUUCCAGUUUUGAAAUACCUUGGUAUUUUCAAUACUGGACUCAAAGUAUUUCCAGACCUCAAAAAAAUCUACUCAUUUGAUGUGAAUUUUUUACUUGAAAUUGCAGAUAAUCCUUACAUGACUUCAGUGCCUGCAAAUGCUUUCCAUGGGCUUUGUAAUGAAUCUUUAACCCUCAAACUCUACAAUAAUGGUUUUACCAGUAUUCAGGGCCAUGCUUUUAAUGGAACAAAUCUGGAUGCUAUCUAUCUGCACAAGAACAAAUACCUGGAAGUUAUCAAUGAUGAUGCAUUUCUGGGAGUGCAUAGUGGACCAACUCUACUGGAUGUCUCCAGAACAGCUGUCUCUAACCUUCCAGCCAAAGGACUGGAAAGCAUAAAAGAACUAAUGGCCAAAAAUACAUGGACUUUAAAGAAAUUACCAGCUGUAAAGAUAUUUCUUCAGAUAAUGCGAGCUGACCUAUCAUACCCAAGUCACUGCUGUGCUUUCAAGAGCUGGAAAAAAAAAAGUGGGAUCCUGGAGUACCUGACUUGUAACCAGAGCAGCAGCCACAGCUUUCAUAAGAGAUCAGUCAAAGCUCUCAGAGGUCCAUUUUACAAAGACUAUGCAGAAGAAUACACAGACCACACUGAUGCUGUGUAUGACACAAACACCAAGUUCACAAAUUUUCACGAAAAUCCUCAUUAUUACAUUUUCUUGGAAGAACAUGGAGAAGAAAAUCUUGGCUUUGGCAAAGAGCUCAAAAACCCUCAAAUGGAAGAUGUCCAGACCUUUGACAGUCAUUAUGACUAUCCUGUCUGCGGAGGCAACGAAGAUGUAAUAUGCACCCCAGAGCCUGAUGAGUUUAAUCCCUGUGAGGAUAUAAUGGGAUAUCAAUUUCUGAGAAUUGCGGUGUGGUUUGUGAAUCUGCUUGCCAUCCUAGGUAACAUUUUUGUCCUUUUCAUCCUUCUCACCAGCCAUUAUAAACUGACUGUACCACGUUUUUUGAUGUGCAACUUGGCCUUCGCUGACUUUUGCAUGGGGUUAUACCUCCUUCUGAUCGCUUCAGUGGAUCUCUACACCAGGUCAGAGUACUAUAACCAUGCCAUAGAGUGGCAGACUGGGCCCGGCUGCAACACAGCUGGCUUUUUCACAGUCUUUGCUAGCGAACUUUCUGUGUACACGCUGACUGUGAUCACCCUGGAGCGCUGGUACGCCAUCACAUUCGCCAUGCGCCCAGAUCGGAAGAUUCGCCUCCGGCACGCAUUGGUUAUCAUGCUGGGAGGGUGGCUCUCAUGCAUUCUGCUUGCCUUGUUGCCACUGCUUGGGGUCAGCAGCUACAGCAAAGUCAGCAUCUGCUUGCCUAUGGACACUGAAACACCAGUGGCUGAAGCCUAUGUUGUCUUCGUUUUAAUAUGCAACAUUAUUGCUUUUGUCAUCAUUUGUGCCUGCUACAUAAAAAUCUACGUAACUGUGCGAAAUCCUCAGUACAAGUCAGGGGACAAAGACACCAAAAUUGCCAAGAGGAUGGCUGUGUUGAUUUUCACAGACUUUCUGUGCAUGGCUCCCAUCUCUUUCCAUGCUUUAUCUGCCAUUAUGAACAAACCACUGAUAACUGUCACCAAUUCCAAAAUUUUGCUGGUACUUUUCUACCCCCUCAAUUCUUGUGCCAACCCCUUUCUUUAUGCGAUUUUCACCAAAGCUUUUCGUAGAGAUGUGUUUAUCCUGCUAAGCAAGUUUGGUAUAUGUGAGCAUCAGGCUCAAGUCUACAGAGGUCAGACAAUUUCAGCCAAAAACAGCAGUGGCUCAUAUGGGCAGAGAAUCAGCCGAGGGAUAGGUCAGAUUCUCACAAGCAUUCAUGACGCAGGCAAUGAUUACCUUCCUGCUGUGACAGUGCAGAACCAAAUUCUCAUGGAAGAAUGCAAACAAACUGAGCUAUAAUAUCUUAAAGUAUCAUAGCCAAAAUCUGGUCAAGUGGUGAUUGUGCACACAGUGAAUCGAGUGAGAAGAUAACAUUCUCCAUAUCCUUUUUCCAUAGAAUAUCCCUUGCUAUGUCUGAAAGUACCUUCAGUGCGGUCUUCUUUUUGACAAGCCACUCAUUUGAACCUCUUGUUUCACACUUUGAUCAGUGCAAGUCAAAAGUUGCUGUUCUGAUGAUAAUUCUGGAAGUAGAUGUGAA